AUAGCUUCGCCAUCAUAUGUGUAUUUUAUAAGCAAAGUCCCUCCUCGUAGGAGUGGUUUAUUUGCAUUGCCCCUCCCGUUAUGAGUGGGUUUGCAGGCAGCGAUGCAGUGGUCGUUGAAGACGUUUGGAGAUCUCAAAUUACGCACAAGAAGUUAGGAGCAGAGGCGCUCACUGGAGAAAUUUCCCUAGACUUAUCCAAACCAGUAAACUACCUGUCGCGGUGCGUCUUUUUAAAUUAAGAACCUUCAAUAAAAUUUAACUAGGCGGUUAUACAUUCCUUCACUGCGCGUUGGAGAGGGUGCGUCACUGGAACGUUUUGGGUAUUCUUUAAAACACCAGGCACAAGCCUAACAUUAUGAGGUGCAGCCAUGGCAGGGAAGAGUAAGACUCCUGCGAGGACGCUGGAGGAUUUAACGCUCGAUUCCGGUUAUGGUGGAGCGGCGGAUUCCUUCAGGUCGUCCAGCGUGUCACUCUGUUGCUCCGACACGCAUCUGUCGUACGCGCAUGGGGGCAACUGCUGGCAUCUGACGGAAUCCAUGCACAGCAGACACAACAGUUUGGACACGGUCAACACCGUCCUGGCUGAAGACACGGAGAUCUUGGAGUGCUCGGGCCAGUGCGCCAAACUGCCCGAGCUGGAGGAGGACGUGCCGUGGAGCCUCGGAGAGGUGGAAGGCGCGCUGCGCAAAGACGAGGAGCUGUGCGUGGGGAACGCGUCGCGGGAGAUCCUCGCCAAACUCUCCGCUUUGGUCAGCCGUGCGCUGGUGAGGAUUGCCAGGGAAGCUCAGCGCUUGAGUCUGCGCUACGCCAGAUGCACCAAACACGAGAUCCAGAGCGCGAUCAAGAUGGUCCUCUCGUGGACCAUCUCCGUGAACUGCAUCACUGCGGCGCUCAGCGCGCUGUCGCUAUACAACAUGAGCACCGGUGAUAAGUUCAGCCGGGGUAAGUCUGUCCGAUGCGGACUCGUCUUCUCCGUGGGAAAGUUCUUCAGGUGGAUGGUGGAUAGCCGGGUGGCUUUGCGCAUCCACGAGCACGCGGCGAUAUAUCUGAGCGCUUGUAUGGAGAGCCUCUUCAGGGAGGUGUUUAGCCGCGUACAGAGGAGCGCGCUGGUCGAGAAAGAGAAUGGAUUCCCAAAGUUUACCGUGGAGUCCCUGGAACAGGCCAUCAAUAAUGAUUCAGAGCUUUGGGGGCUUUUGCAGCCGUACCAGCACCUCAUUUGUGGCAAGAAUGCAAGCGGUGUAUUGAGUCUGCCGGACAGCCUGAACCUCCACCGUGACCAACAGCGAGCGGGUAAAACUGCAGAGGGACACACCUACAGCCAGGCGGAGCUCCGCACCAUUGAACAAUCCCUUUUGGCCACUCGUGUAGGGAGCAUCGCUGAACUCAGUGAACUGGUGUCACGGGCCAUGCAUCACCUUCAGCCUCUUCACAUCAAGAACCCCAGCAAUGGAACACCAGUACACCAGAACCGCACUGGGACGGUACACUGGGAACCAGAAGCCCUCUACACGCUCUGCUACUUCAUGCACUGUCCUCAGAUGGAGUGGGAGAACCCCAAUGUAGAACCAUCGAAAAUCACCCUUCACACUGAAAGGCCGUUCCUGGUGUUGCCUCCACUGAUGGAGUGGAUCAGGGUGGCCGUGGCACACACAGAGCACCGCCGAAGCUACUCGGUAGACAGCGAUGAUCUGCGACAGGCGGCCAGACUCCUGUUACCCGGGGUGGACUGUGAGCCUCGGCAGCUGAAAACGGACGACUGUUUCUGUGCCACACGGAACCUGGACGCGGCCUCCACAGAAGCAAAAUUCCUGCAGGAUCUGGGCUUCCGGAUGCUCAACUGCGGACGGACUGACCUGGUCAAACAAGCAGUCAACCUGCUCGGACCAGAUGGUAUUAACAGUAUGAGUGAACAGGGCAUGACCCCUCUCAUGUACGCGUGCGUGCGUGGAGAUGAAGCCAUGGUACAGAUGUUGCUGGAUGCUGGAGCCGACAUUAACAGCGAGGUGCCCAGCUCACUACACAAGCACCCGUCAGUUUAUCCUGACACCAGGCAGGGGACGCCACUAACGUUCGCCGUGUUGCACGGACACGUGCCUAUCGUGCAGCUUUUACUGGACGCCCGAGCUAAUGUAGAGGGAGGGAUUCAGGACAGUGCUGAGAACUACACAGAGACUCCUCUACAGCUGGCAUCUGCGGCAGGCAAUUUUGAGCUGGUCAGUCUGCUUUUGGAAAGAGGUGCGGAUCCUUUGAUUGGCACCACUUAUCGUAAUGGGAUUUCCUCCGGCCCGAUGGGCGAAAUGAACUCGUACAGUCUGGCCGCAUCACACGGACACAGGAACGUGUUCCGGAAGCUUCUGUCCCAAGUGGAAAAGGACAAAGGGGACGUGUUGUCUCUGGAGGAGAUCCUAGCCGAGGGCUCGGAGGCCGUAGAGAGGAGAGCACAGCAUUCUGAAGGCACCCUCCGGACAGGCAAGGCCAAACUUAAGGCCCUCCGCGAGGCCAUGUACCACAGUGCCGAGCAUGGCCAUGUGGACAUUACCAUAGACAUCCGCAGCCUGGGCGUGCCCUGGACCCUUCACACGUGGCUGGAGACCUUGCGAACCUGUUUCGUGCAGCAGCGCCGGCCUCUGAUCCAGGGUCUGCUGAAAGACUUCAGCUGCAUUAAGGAAGACGAGUACACAGAGGAGCUCAUCACGCACGGGCUGCCGCUCACGUUCCAGAUCCUGCGAGCCAGCAAGGUGCCUCUGUCAGAAGAUAACGAAGUGAUAGGCCAGCAACUGGCUGUAAUCUUUACUCAAUGCUACGGGCCUUUCCCAAUCCCCAAACUCACAGAGAUCAAAAAGAAGCAGACGUCUCGUCUGGAUCCACAUUUUCUCAAUAAUAAAGAGAUGUCCGACGUGACGUUUCUAGUGGAAGGAAAACCCUUUUAUGCCCAUAAAGUGCUGCUCUUCACCUCUUCACAGAGGUUUAAGUCUCUGCUCUCUAACAGACCAGCCGCUGAGAACACCUGCAUCGAGAUCAGUCACGUCAAAUACAACAUCUUUCAGCUGGUAAUGCAGUACCUUUACUGCGGGGGUACAGAGUCACUUCACAUCAGAAACACUGAAAUAAUGGAGCUUCUGUCUGCUGCCAAGUUCUUCCAGCUCGACGCUCUCCAAAGACACUGUGAAAUCAUCUGCUCCAAGAACAUCACCACCGACACCUGCGUGGACAUUUACAAACAUGCCAAGUUCCUGGGGGCGUUGGAGUUAGCAGCCUUCAUCGAGGGCUAUUUCCUGAAGAACAUGGUGCUCUUGAUUGAGCUGGAGAACUUUAAGCAGCUUCUUUAUGAGGUUCCCGCAGAGAGCCCCAGUCCCGGUCCUGGCCCCGGUCCCGGUCCCGGCCCGGCUUAUGAUGUCCUGCACGACCUCGAGAGAACCCUGGCCUUGAGGAUCCGCUCCAUCCAUCUCUCCACCUCCAAGGGAUCCAUCGUCUGACACAUUCACCAAAAAAACACUUCAUCAAUUGUGGUUUCACCGAAAGCUUCAUUAUUGCGUGCCGCUAUCUCACAACUGGUCAAAAACAUCAAACCGACACGAAUGGGACCUAACGUGUAGGAUGUGUGUAGGACCACGAGAUCGAUUUGUAUUCCACAGGCUAACAUCUUCACCACGUUGCUGAAACGUCAGCCUGCUGAACUCAUACCAUUUCAAGGGCUACAUUACGUGACAUUCAUAGAACAUACUAGCAACGUCGCCAAAUGCACCCGACCAACGUUAUCGUCCAGGGAACUACGUCUCUGAUGUCAUCACGCCUCGGCCAUGCAUGCGGCCGGAUCAGAUGGACACCUUAAAACUCUGUACGGCAACGGUCGCCAUGCUCCCCACCGUGGAUGGUUUCACUAGGCAUAUUUUUAGCAACACAGUAAUAUUAGUCUCCAAUUUACGUGAUAUUGUUAGCCUGCCCUGAAUCUCUCCAAGUAUCUCUAAAUGAUGCAUGUGGUUGUAAACAACCAUUACGUUUCCUAAUGGUUUCCAUUUGUGUUGGAUUAGGCAUCGUCUUUAGGCGUAGAGUUUUGAAAAGGGGAAGCGUUUUAUACACUUAAUAUUCACUUCCAGCUAUUACAAUUUUUAGUGUCGUUGACCAAUAAUAUGCCAGCUGUUCAAGUCCUAGCACUUGUUUUUGAUGUCAAUGCUUUGCGAUUUUAAGGGAUAGUGAUUUGUUACCCUCAAACAAAUGUAACAAGUGAUACAUUUCAUCUUUUGUACGAUGAUCCAACGCAAACUAUUCAACCAACGAAAGGCUUCAUUUUUACACCCCCUCACCAAAAUGUCAUUGUUUUCUUCUCGAUAACCAAUCCACCGGUUCUGAGCUACAGUAAGCGUCUCCAUUCGUUUCAGACCACAAGUUUUAUUGACCCUUAAAACUACCACGGUGCUUAGUACACUCAAAACUGAGCAGUUCAUUCUUGCCUUGAGGUGGCGUAACCAGUGAUCUAUGUCGAUAGUUUGCAUGGGUCCUGUCUACAACUUCUGUAAAAUACAACGUUCAACGGGAGCUAAUUUUCCUUUAGUGGAUGCAAAUCUAUUUAGACUAAUGACAUUUACGCAGGACUCAAUGUUCUUUAAAGUCUUCGUUGCUUGCGAGUCUGUUUAACAGUGUGUUCAGACGCUAUUGCACUGGUCGCCACCUUCAUGGACCAAUGUACAUAUUCCUGGUCUCCACUUGCUGCUUUUGCUAAAUGUGAAAAUGUGACGCCAGCUCAAAACAAGCCAUUUUAGCUUUUCUUCCAUAAUGCAUGUUCUGGUUUUCCCGUGUUUGUCCGUAUCCUCUGGAAUGUUGGGAAGAUGGAAACUGUACUGGGAUGUAUAGUGUUACCAGCAACAGAUGAAUAUGUUUCAGAAUAUAUAACACUUUCCAAAAUAGAAACCAGAAAGAACCUCAACCAAAUAUUCCAAUUUUGGAAUUUUAAUUCAAAUACAUAAAGUACAUAUAUCAAAUAUAGAAUUGAAAUAUAUGAUAUAUAUGACUAUUUAUAAUACUGCACCUUACCAAAAAGGUUUUGCUGGUAGUGCUGUCCAAGAGUACAGUUUGGAUAUGUAUUGUAUGAUUGUUAUUUUAUGUUCAGAGUAAUGGAAUAACUUUAUUGGUUAUGAACAUCCUCGUGUGAUAAGGUUGGUUAUGUCAUACAAAAUUAGCAAGGAACAAUUGAAAUGCAUAGUUUAUUGAUAUGUAGCUAACAAUGGAGUUAUAUGAUGCAAAUAAUUUAAAACUGUGAAGAUUUAUUUUAAAGAACUUAGUAUACUUUAUUUUCUUACAAAGUACAUUUAUUGUCAAAUCCCAGUCUGCUAUUUUGUGUAACAGAGUUAAUAGGAAGUAAUAAUGUUGUAUCCACGUCUUUGUGUUCGCUUUAGUGUCAAACCAACAGAGACGAGGAUAAUGUGUUUAUUUAAUUUGGAAAAUCUAACCCCUAUAUGUACUUUGCAAAACAAUUUGUUACGAUUUGUGUUCACAAGGACAAAGUUUUUUUUAAAAACACAUUUUAAAAGCAAUAUUUGGCACAAUUUUUUGUGCUAAUAAGUACCACACUAAGGUUAACAUUCUCCCAUCUGACCUUUGUUAGUCAAACACAGCAGGGACCUUUGAAAGUUCUUCACUAAGGCCAAAUGUAAAGUGAAGGCCAACGUUCUGACAUGUCAAUGGAUCGGUAAAAACCGCUCGGUGUUUUCUGGCUUUAGCUUUUCUGCUACAGGGUGUUAAACAUGCUUUAAAACUCUUCUGUCUCCACUAAUGCACACCUUAUGACAUCUCUAUUAGACAAAACAUGCAUGCUUUGGCUGGAUCAGAGUCUGAAAGAAUUUGUUUGCUUAUUAUUUCACUUUAUUAAAACAUUGUACAUUGUACAAAAGAUAUACAGAGAAACAUCUAUAGGACUUGGUGUAAAUAUAAGGGAUGUGGCUUAGUUUAACCAUUUAAAAAAGAAAAAAAAAGGAAUGUUACACUUGUGCUAAAGUACAGUUGUGCGAUGACAUGCAUUUGUGUACAGCCAAUAGAAAUGACCAUGAUUGACCACUGUGUUGGGUCGCCAUUAAAAUUUCUGUGAUAUGCU